AUGGUUGAGGAUAAAGUUCCUUAUUUUAGUGGUGACAACUACAAAAAGUGGAGGGAGGCUGUCCUUCUUCAUUUAGGGUGCAUUGAUCUUGACUACGUUCUUCGUAAGGAAGAGCCAACUGCACCUACAGAUACUAGCACUCUGGUUGAGAUUGCUUUGUAUGAACGUAUUUGUGGGUUGAUACCAGAGUGUGAGAAUGCCAAGGAUCUGAUAAAUGCUAUUCAUGCUCCGUUUGAAACAUCAGGUAAAGCAUUAGGUAGCACCCUUAUGAGUAGGUUGACAUCCAUAAGGCUCAUAGGUAUUAAAGGAGUUCGUGAGCACAUUGUGAAAAUGAGGGACAUUACUGCUCAGUUGAGGUCCCUUCAAAUGGUGAUUAAUGAUGAUUUUCUAGUGCAUUAUGCCUAA